UAUAUGUGGUGGAGAAAGAGUUUGGGUCACCGUGCCUAGGGCAUUGAAUAGUUUUCCGCCAGCCCUCCGAUCAGAAACUAUCCCUGUUCUUGAAUCCUUUUCCGGUUUGUGUUUGGUUAUUUUCCCGCUGUUUUAUAAACUGUCCUUGAUAAUCUUGAUUCAACAGAGUCUCUCUCUCUCUCCAGAAUCACCAAACCCACAACUUCCCUCUCGCUCAAGACAACCAAGAUCAAACCAAUCAAUCCUCCAAAAGAUCCAACACCAAAAACCAAACCAAGAAAACUCCACACUACCAUGCCACCAUCUCCACCUCCGCUCCAAGAAACUUAAACUCCCUCCGAUGCCUUCAUCUCCGCUCCACCUCGUCCCCAUUCUCUUCCUCUUCAUCUUCUUCAACUCCCUUCCACCUUCUCACUCCACCCCUCUCUCCCCUUCAGCCAACAUAACCCUCUUCGGCGAUGCCCACUUCGUAAACACCACCAUCUCCCUCACCCCACAACUCAACUGCCGCUCUCCUCCCUCCUCCUCGCCCCAAUCCCUCGGGUACGGGAGAGCUUUCUUUUUCGCCCCGGUCCGGUUUCUUGAUUCCAAGACCAACAAAACAGCCUCUUUCUCCACCCAAUUCUCGUUCGCCAUCACCAACCCCUAUGCCCCUCUCUGCCCGUUCGGGGAGGGAUUUACGUUCUUGAUCACCUCGAAAACAGAUUCUUUUUCGUAUGGUCCCAUGGGCGUCCCCAAUGGGCAAGAUUUUACGUAUGUGGCUGUGGAGUUCGACACGAUGCUUGACCCGAAUGUUGGUGAUGUCAAUGGUAAUCAUGUCGGCAUCGAUGUUGAUUCUGUUGUUUCUGUUACCUCUGUUGAUGGGUUUUCGAAGGGGAUUGAUUUGCAGAGUGGGAGACCAUUGACAGCGUGGAUUGAGUACAGAAGUGGAGAGGGUAUGAUCAAGGUUUGGGUGGGGUACUCGCAAAUCAAGCCCCCGAGCCCUCUUCUGAUCGCCCAAAUCGAUCUUUCGAAGCAUUUCAAGGAGUUUAUGCAUGUGGGUUUCUCAGCUUCAAAUGGUAGAGGCUCUGCCAUUCAUCUUGUUGGUGGAUGGAAGUUCAAGACUUAUGGACUCCUGCCUUCGGUAAUGCCAAUGGAGACAGUUGGAGGAGAAGGUGACUGUUUCAUGUGCUCCUCCCCAGAGGAUUUAGGAGGGCAAAACAGUGAUGCCAAUUACCAUCACAUAAACAAGAGACUAGGAGAAUUGGCACUUGGUUUAGGGGGAUUAGCUGCAUUUAUCAUUUCGUUGUCUGCUAUCGUUGUCAUAGUCAUUUGGUGUAUGACAAGGAAGAAAAGACUAAAUUCCAGAGGAUCAAAUGAAGGCCACAGAUACCAAGGGAACAAGCUACCGAAAAGGCUCUCGCUCUCCGCGAUAAAAUCAGCCACAAAGGGAUUCAACCACAACAGAAUCAUAGGUGAAGGAGGGUCUGCUACUGUUUACGAAGGGUCCCUUCCCUCUUGUGGAUCGGUGGCGGUGAAAAGGUUCAGUCAAGUGAGCCAAAUCGGUUCUUUUCGCAACCAAUUCUCUACUGAGUUUGCGACGAUGAUGGGUUGCUUGAGACAUAAACACUUAGUUCAGCUCCAAGGGUGGUGUUGCGAAGAGGACGAACUAGUCCUAGUUUACCAGUACAUGCGAAAUGGAAGCCUGGACAAAAUCCUCCACAGGAACAACAAUGCCUUGUCUCUUUUACUCACGUGGGACAGGAGAGUGAAGAUAGUCCUUGGCGUUGCUUCGGCUCUCGUAUAUCUCCACGAAGAAUGUGAGAGGCAGAUAAUUCAUAGAGACGUGAAAACUUGCAAUAUAAUGCUGGACGAUGAGUUAAACGCGAAGCUAGGUGACUUUGGUUUGGCAGAGGUUUACGAACAUAGUUGUAGGACAAGAGAUGCGACGAUUCCAGCCGGCACAAUGGGCUAUCUAGCCCCAGAGUACGUGUACUUGGGUGUUCCCACUGUGAAAACUGAUGUUUACAGCUUUGGAGUGGUGGUAUUGGAAGUGGCAUCAGGGAAAAAGCCUGUGAAUGAGGAGGGGACUCUGCUUGCUGAUUAUGCGUGGGAGUUGUGGGGGAAAGGCAAGUUGAUUGAGGCUGCUGAUUUGAGACUGAGGGGGAAGUAUAACAGGUUGGAGAUGGAGAGGAUGCUCAUGGUGGGACUUUGUUGUGUGCAUCCGGAUCAUGAGAAGAGGCUGACGGCGAGGGAGGCGGCUACAAUGAUCAGAGGGGAGGCGCCGCUUCCCGUUUUGCCGGCGAGGAAACCGUCGGUGAGCAUUCGGUCAGGUUUCCCUGGGGGGUUUGAUGAGUUUAUGAAUUUCUGUGGGGAUGCGAAUUUUGAUUUUGAUGACACCCCUUGGUUGACCCCUGAGAGCCAUUUUUAGUUCGAAUUUCCCUGGAAUAAGUGAGUUUGCUACAAACAUGUAACUGCCUUUCGGUAUUUCACAUGCUCUGAUCUUGUCUUUAGCCUUAGAUAAUGUACACUUUGGGCACGUUCGAUUGCAGGAUUAUUGGGCACAUUUGAUCGCGGAAUUAUUUUUGGUAUUAUGCUUUAAUGAAUUAGGUAAAAACAUGGCCCUUUUUGUGUUUUGCAGAAAUAAGAUCAUAUCACUGUGCUUGGAUCAAUAUGAAAUGAGACUAUUUUGUUGUAGUUUCAAAAGGAUCAGUUUACUAAAUCUAAGCAGAAUAUGAAAUGAC